CAAAAGAUGAAACGUAAGUUAUUCGAUAAAUGUGCUCAGAAGAAGAAGAUAGAAAAACCGGGUCGGAAUGCUGAGGUGAGCGUGGGGUGUGGGGGUUGAAGUGCCGGCACGUGCGAUCUCACGAAACCAGAGACAACCUAGAAGAGCAGAUACAGUCUACCACCCAGAUGAAAGAAACCGCAAAUCUGUCGCUCUGAGGUUUGCACGAAACUGAUGAUUCGCUUUCCACAAGCAAGUGUGCGAGUACGAGUACAGUUGAUACAAGUACGACUGAUACAACAUGCGCGAAAAGUUUCGGAUGUUGGCGGGACCUGGUGGACGUGCUGCAGACUUCGAUAUUGGUGUGAUAAUUUGUGGCGAAGUAGCGUCGUUAUUCCACCUUGUCGACAUGCAACAAAAGGCGCUGACGAAGUGGACUUGAAGAAGGAAUGUGAGGGAGAGAAAAGUGGUGGACAUCCAUGUGCUGUGAUAACAGGUCAAAAACAAAUUGACCUUCAACGACGAGCUGAAUGGAUAUGGGUUUCGGGCAGGACUUCGCUCUCGACGCCAACGAAAGACGAUCAGUGGUUGUUGUUGUCAAUCCUGGACUCCGCUGGGUCUGAUCAAUGGUCAUCGUCGGGAAAAGCAAUAUCCAGAAUUGGUCCAGACAUUCAGAUCUUCGAAAUUUCCGUUUCCAGCACAGAAGUUCGCAACGGUGAGACAUCGAAUGAGGAGCCUAGCAUCUAUCACAGCGUAUGUCCGCAUACCAGAGCAGCCAAGUUGACCAUUGCCACGGACAGCGAUAGACGUUCUUCAUGCUCCAACACUACCGACGGAAAGCAAUGUCGUGGUAUCGAAUAACACUAUUGUCGACAUAUCUCUGAUGACUACC